UUUCAGAAAUAUCGACAGUAUAUGGCAGGACUUCUGGCUCCUCCUUAUGGUGUUAUGGAAACAGGCUCCAACAAUGACAGGAUUCCUGACAAGGAGAAUACACCUCUCAUUGAACCUCACGUUCCUCUUCGUCCUGCUAACACCAUUACCAAGGUCCCUUCAGAGAAGAUCCUCAGGGCUGGAAAAAUUUUACGAAAUGUCAUCCUCUCUCGAGCACCUCACAUGAUUAGAGACAGAAAAUACCACCUGAAGACAUAUAGACAAUGCUGUGUGGGAACUGAAUUGGUGGACUGGAUGAUGCAGCAGACUCAGUGUGUUCACUCCCGGACCCAAGCUGUUGGCAUGUGGCAAGUCCUGUUAGAAGAUGGUGUUCUCAACCAUGUGGACCAGGAGCACCAUUUCCAAGACAAAUAUUUAUUUUAUCGAUUCCUGGAUGACGAGCACGAGGAUGCCCCUUUGCCUACUGAGGAGGAGAAGAAGGAGUGUGAUGAGGAACUCCAGGACACCAUGCUGCUGCUGUCGCAGAUGGGCCCCGACGCCCACAUGAGGAUGAUCCUCCGCAAACCACCUGGCCAAAGGACGGUGGAUGACCUAGAGAUUAUCUAUGAAGAGCUCCUACACAUUAAAGCCUUGUCCCAUCUUUCUACCACAGUGAAACGGGAGUUAGCAGGUGUUCUCAUUUUCGAGUCCCAUGCCAAAGGAGGAACUGUGUUGUUUAACCAGGGAGAAGAAGGUACCUCCUGGUACAUUAUUCUAAAAGGAUCAGUGAAUGUAGUCAUUUAUGGCAAGGGUGUGGUCUGCACCCUGCACGAGGGAGAUGACUUUGGCAAAUUAGCACUAGUCAACGAUGCCCCUCGAGCUGCCUCUAUCGUCUUGCGAGAAGAUAAUUGUCAUUUCUUAAGAGUAGACAAGGAGGAUUUCAACCGGAUCCUGAGGGACGUGGAGGCGAAUACAGUCAGACUUAAAGAACAUGACCAAGACGUCUUGGUGCUGGAGAAGGUCCCAGCAGGGAACAGAGCUUCUAAUCAAGGAAACUCACAGUCUCAGCAAAAGUACACUGUGAUGUCAGGAACACCUGAAAAAAUUUUAGAACAUUUUUUAGAAACAAUACGCCUUGAGCCAGCUUUAAAUGAAGCAACAGAUUCUGUUUUAAAUGAUUUUGUUAUGAUGCACUGUGUUUUUAUGCCAAAUACCCAGCUUUGUCCAGCCCUAGUGGCCCAUUACCACGCACAGCCUUCCCAAGGUACGGAACAGGAGAAGAUGGACUAUACCCUCAACAACAAGAAGCGAGUCAUCCGCCUGGUUCUACAGUGGGCUGCCACAUAUGGAGACCUCCUACAAGAGGAUGACGUGGCAAUGGCUUUCCUGGAGGAGUUUUAUGUGUCUGUAUCAGAUGAUGCCCGGAUGAUUGCUGCCCUCAAGGAGCAACUGCCGGACUUGGAGAAGAUUGUCAAGCAAAUUUUAGAAGAGGCAAAAGCUCCACAAAAGAAGCACAAGGUUCUUUUACAACAAUUCAACACAGGAGAUGAGAGAGCCCAGAAACGCCAGCCUAUUCGGGGCUCUGAUGAAGUCCUAUUUAAGGUGUAUUGCAUGGACCACACCUACACAACCAUCCGGGUGCCAGUGGCAGCCUCAGUGAAGGAAGUCAUCAGUGCAGUUGCCGACAAACUGGGCUCUGGAGAAGGCCUGAUCAUAGUCAAGAUGAGUUCCGGCGGAGAGAAGGUGCUGCUCAAACCUAAUGAUGUUUCAGUAUUUACGACACUCACCAUUAACGGACGCCUGUUUGCUUGCCCGCGAGAGCAAUUCGAUUCACUGACUCCCUUGCCAGAACAAGAAGGGCCAACUGUUGGAACAGUGGGAACUUUUGAACUGAUGAGCUCCAAAGAUUUAGCAUACCAGAUGACGAUUUAUGACUGGGAACUCUUCAACUGUGUGCAUGAGCUGGAGCUAAUCUACCACACAUUUGGAAGGCAUAAUUUUAAAAAGACCACAGCAAACUUGGAUUUGUUCCUGAGGAGAUUUAAUGAAAUUCAGUUUUGGGUUGUCACUGAGAUUUGCCUUUGUUCCCAGCUCAGCAAGCGUGUUCAGCUCUUAAAAAAAUUUAUUAAGAUAGCAGCCCACUGUAAAGAGUACAAAAACCUGAAUUCCUUUUUUGCCAUCGUCAUGGGACUAAGUAACGUUGCUGUGAGCCGCCUGGCACUAACGUGGGAGAAACUGCCAAGCAAGUUCAAGAAGUUCUAUGCAGAGUUUGAAAGUUUAAUGGAUCCUUCAAGAAACCACAGAGCGUACAGGUUGACAGUAGCUAAACUGGAGCCUCCUCUCAUCCCCUUCAUGCCUUUGCUCAUUAAAGAUAUGACAUUUACUCAUGAGGGGAACAAGACGUUCACUGACAAUCUAGUAAACUUUGAAAAAAUGCGCAUGAUUGCAAAUACUGCCAGAACAGUGAGAUACUGCAGAAGCCAACCCUUCAAUCCUGAUGCAGCUCAAGCUAAUAAGAACCAUCAGGAUGUCCGGAGUUAUGUACGGCAAUUAAAUGUGAUUGACAACCAGAGAACUUUAUCACAGAUGUCACAUAGAUUAGAGCCUCGUCGGCCAUAGACAUUUAAAGUGCCCAGAACAAUGGUUUGUCUCCAGUUCACAAUCUGUUAAAAAUGCCAUUUAUGCCACUACUGACUGUAUUGCCACUAGAGAAUUCCACAAAACAAGCAAAAACACACCCUGAGACAUCUCAGGGCUGCAUCCUGCUUCCAGCUACAUGACGAGAGAAGGAAUUAUUUGACUUGCAUAAAGCUUGCACACUCUAGCUUAGUAAUCCCCAGUUUGUAGUCACCCUAUUUCAUUUCUAAUUGUGCCAUCUUCUUUGCUGAAACAUAAAAAAUAAGGCCCACAGGAAGAGUUUGGUAGUAAUACCACUGUCAAGAGAAGAAUCAACCCCUGACAUUUUUUUCUAAGAAUGUUUACAGGAUAAAAUGUGUGACAAAUGGAAUUGAUUUGGAUACAUCAGUGGUAAUAUAGUUCCACAAUUUUUGAUUCAAGAUUUGGAGUGUGGGGUUUUUAAAGGUGUUGAGGAAUUCGUAUAGAUCCAAAUUAUUGGUUGUAUUUGUCCAUCUUCAUAGUCUUACCUUGAAAGAAAUAGAACCUGACCACAUUACUUAUACAAUAUUAUGGCUUUUUAUGUAACUUAGGAAGGACUGGUCUGUAAUUUCUGAAUGAUAGAGUAAUAUUUAUGUUUACAAUGUAACUUUUUAAUAUUUACAAAUCAGGAUUACAUACGUAAGAAUUCCAAUAAGAAACUCCAAGGUUCUUAAAAUUGCCAGCGUUAAGAUGGAAACUAACAUUUCAGAAGAGCACAAUAUGCACAAAACAUUUUUUUCAAAAUUAAAAUAUUUUCCUGGGCAUUAAAAAUCUUUACUAUUGGCUACAAAUUAUUGUUACUGACGAAAAAAAAAAUAUUUUCUGGACUUCAAUGUUAUUAUAAAUAUCUUAAUUUUCAGCAAUUGUUUUGCACUUUCAAAUAGACU